AUGUCUCUAUCCUUCACCCCUGCCGACGUCGCCUCCCACAACACCCCUGACAAGGGCCUCUACAUCAUCAUUGAUAACAGCGUCUACGACGUGACCAAAUUCGUCGACGAGCAUCCCGGCGGUGCUAAGAUCCUGAAGCGCGUGGCGGGAAAGGAUGCUUCCAAACAAUUCUGGAAGUACUCGGCUAAGCUGAAAAUUGGAGAUGUCAAGGAUGCGGCGAAGCUGUGA